AUGCACACAGUUCAUAUAAUAGAUGUGGAAAGUGGUAACCUCAGGUCUCUGAUCAAUGCCAUUGAGUUCCUUGGGUUCCAUGCUCGAGUCAUCAAGUCUGCCGAGGAUCCCGAGCUAGCGACAGCCACCAGACUGAUGCUUCCCGGUGUGGGAAAUUUCGGUCAUUUCGUUGACAGUUUGUCGUCGAGAGGCUUCGAAAAGCCCAUCAGAGAGUAUAUUGCUUCUGGCAAGCCGAUUAUGGGAAUUUGUGUUGGAUUACAAGCAUUCUUCCAGGGCUCGGAAGAGUCGCCCACGAGUCAAGGCUUCAAAUAUGUUGACCUUCAACUUGCCAAGUUCGAUUCAUCAGAGAAACCAGUGCCUGCCAUCGGCUGGAACACUUGCACCCCUCAGGAAAAAAUGUUCGGCUUGGACCCUUGCAGUAGAUACUACUUCGUUCACUCAUACGCGGCCAUAUUAGAUUCAGAGACCAAGAGCACGAUGGCUAACGCCGGUUGGAACGUGGCCACAGCUAAGUAUGGAACACAAGAGUACAUUGCCGCUAUUGGCAAGGAUAACAUAUUCGCCACUCAAUUCCAUCCCGAAAAGUCGGGCCAUGCUGGCUUGACCAUCUUGAAGAACUUUAUCCAGCAGUCGCACCCGGUCAUUAAACACUCGGACGAGGAAAAAGCCCUGCUACUAAACGACUACUCUAACUAUGGUUUGAGCAGACGAAUCAUCGCAUGCCUAGACGUUCGCGCCAAUGACCAAGGUGAUUUGGUUGUCACCAAAGGUGACCAGUACGAUGUUCGUGAAAAAGAAGACGGUGGUAAUGUCCGAAACUUGGGUAAACCAGUCGAGUUGGCCAAACAGUACUACGAACAGGGAGCUGAUGAAGUCACUUUCCUGAAUAUCACUAGUUUCAGAGAUUGCCCGUUGCAAGACACCCCUAUGCUGGAUGUUCUGAAAAUGGCCGCAAAAACAGUGUUUGUACCAUUGACUGUGGGUGGAGGUAUCAAGGAUAUUGUGGACACCGACGGUACCAAAGUACCUGCCCUACAGGUAGCGGCUCUUUACUUCCAGUCUGGUGCAGAUAAAAUUUCCAUAGGUUCCGAUGCUGUGUACGCCGCUGAAAAAUUCUAUGAGCUUGGUGGCCGCGGAGACGGCUCCUCCCCCAUUGAAACCAUCUCCAAACCGUACGGUGCGCAGGCCGUGGUUAUUUCAGUGGAUCCAAAAAGGAUUUAUGUCGAUGGACCAGAUUCCACUAAACACAAGACGAUAAGAACGAAAUUUCCAAACGAUGAGGGCCAAGAGUGGUGCUGGUAUCAGUGCACUAUUAAAGGCGGGAGAGAAGCCAGAGACCUUGGAGUUUGGGAGCUGACACGUGCAUGCGAGGCGUUGGGUGCUGGCGAAGUUCUUUUGAACUGCAUUGACAAAGAUGGCUCUAACUCAGGUUAUGAUUUGGAACUGAUAGAACAUGUCAAGAACGCUGUUAGCAUUCCAGUCAUUGCUUCUAGUGGGGCAGGUGUACCGGAGCACUUUGAAGAAGCAUUCCAUAAAACGGGCGCGGAUGCCUGUCUUGGAGCGGGGAUGUUUCACAGAGGCGAGUUCACUGUUGCAGAUGUCAAGAAACAUCUACUAGCGAGCGGUUACAAAGUCAGAAUGGACAAUGAAAGUGUUUGA